CAAUUAACAAUGGGUGAGACCGCGCAGCUUGAAAAUGCGGAAGCAAUUAAUCCGAGCGAUAAUGCGUUUCCCAACAGGACAGUGAUGAAUGAGCAGAACGCUGAGGAAAACGGCGAUGCUGGAAUGGACAUCGAGAGAAUGCCAAGUGAGGGAAAAGAGGGAGAGAUGUUGGAGCAUGCAGCAGCAAGUGCUGCUUCUGAAGUGGAGCUGGAGGACAAGUAUCAAGCAAAAAAGGAAGUCGAGGACGAACUGGAAAAAACAAUAAAUGAAGUAGCCGAGGCCAGCCUGGAAAGUGCGGCGGUUGAAGGCGAAGAUCUGAUUAGCGAGAAUCGAAGAAAAGGUAGCAAAUACGAUUGGAAUGCACGGAUUGUGAGGGAUAUUGUUCGGCGAGUCAAAAACCAUAAGUUGUCAUAUUCGAAAGCGGCUGAACAGCUCUCUCUCUUAAUGGAUGCGAAAGUAACAACAAUUGGAGUUCGAUUGCAGGUUGUUAAAAUGGCCAGCGACGAGGCUUAUGCGAAGCAAGAUCAGCUGGCGGCAAAUGAGUCAGCUCGCAAAGCCAGCAAAGCGCCGAAGACUCUCCCCGUGGCUAGUGCCGCAAGCAAGUCUGCCAUUUCCGAUCGUACUCGAAGCAAAACUACUCAAGUUCAGAAAGCUGACAACAGAGAAAAUGUAGUGGACGGUGGUGCUGCUCGAGAGAGGACGAAUGCGAAAACUGGAAAGAAGUUGGUUGCAUAUCAGUUUUGCUGA